UGGAGGGUGAACAAGGGCAGGGUCUUAUCUGAAGCAUUGGGGCUCUGGUGAGGCAGCCUCAAGGGGUGUGUUUUUAGGGCUCGGGGUGAAAUUGCUAAGAGAGACUCCCAUUGAAGGGAGCUGCCCGAGGUAGUAAAGUAAUAUGCGGAGGAAAAGGGCGAAGCUGCGUUGAGUCAGUGUAGGGCAAAGAUUUGGGGAGGAGUAGCGCCCAGAACUUAUUCAACCCCCCUUUCCUACCCUGCAAAGGGGGGCAAUAAGGAGGGGUGGGCUAUUCCUCGGGUUUCCCUAGGCAAAAGGAGCUGCUUUGGGUCACUAAGGACUCUUAAGGGGGGAACUGGGAGUGCCCCUAGACGUGUGAGCAGAGAGACGGUAGAGGGGGUUGGGAUGUCAUAUGGGGUAGGUAGAGUCGUGCUAGCUUAAGGAAAUUCAGAGGAGUGCCCUCUGGAGUCUCAAGGGGAUACGGUAGGUGGGUAGGUCUGUAUAGGUACUCUUUUUGAAUCUGAAGGAGGAGAGUGGGGCUUGUGGGGCUAAGGCUCAUCAGACUGAUGUAUUGUGGGUGAGGCUGAAGGAUAGAGUAGUGAAAUCUAAGCAAUGCUGGGUUUGGUGGCCGGCAACUGUGUGUGGUAAGAGGAGAGCGAUGAGGGACUAGGUAGUAGGAAAGGUCUUCCUACAGAGCAGCCAUGGAGGUGGUGAACAUGAUGGAGCAACCCAUCAAGGUGACAGAAUGGCAGCAAACUUACACCUACGACUCAGGCAUCCACUCUGGAGUGAACACCCAGGUACCCUCUGUUAGCAGCAAGUGCUUGGUGGAUGACGACGACCUCUAUGGCAAGCAGUACACCAUUAAGAAAACUACAACCUACAGCCAGGCCGGAGCUGGGCAAGCCCAGGCUCAAGCGGAAUUGGAGUCUCAACUUGCUAUGACUCGUGCUCAACGCAUCCGGGCCGCCAUGUACCCAGAGACAGUGGAGGACCGUUCCUUUCUCAUGACCACCCAAGUCGAAGGCCAACAGACUAAUGUCCAGCGUUUGGCUGAGCCCUCACAGAUGCUCAAGUCUGCCAUUGUGCAUCUCAUCAACUACCAGGAUGAUGCUGAACUGGCCACCCGCGCCAUUCCUGAACUCACCAAACUUUUGAAUGAUGAAGAUCCGGUGGUAGUGAGCAAAGCCGCCAUGAUUGUGAACCAGCUAUCCAAGAAAGAGGCAUCACGCCGCGCUCUAAUGCAGUCACCCCAGAUUGUUGCUGCCGUGGUCCGCACCAUGCAAAACACGAGUGACCUAGAUACAGCCCGCUGCACCACCAGCAUCCUCCAUAACCUGUCCCACCACCGCGAAGGGCUGCUGUCGAUCUUUAAGUCUGGGGGCAUCCCGGCUCUUGUCCGCAUGCUCAGCUCUCCUGUGGAGUCGGUUUUGUUUUAUGCCAUCACCACCCUCCACAACCUGCUGCUGUACCAGGAAGGUGCCAAGAUGGCUGUGCGCCUGGCUGAUGGGCUGCAGAAGAUGGUUCCGCUGCUGACCAAGAACAAUCCCAAGUUCCUUGCUAUCACCACGGACUGUCUGCAGCUGCUUGCCUAUGGGAACCAGGAAAGCAAGCUGAUUAUCUUGGCCAAUGGAGGCCCCCAGGCCCUUGUUCAGAUUAUGCGCAGUUACACAUAUGAGAAACUGCUGUGGACUACCAGCCGUGUCCUCAAGGUCCUCUCCGUCUGUCCCAGCAACAAGCCAGCCAUCGUGGAAGCUGGUGGCAUGCAAGCCCUGGGGAAGCACCUGACAAGCUCCAGCCCAAGGCUUGUGCAGAACUGUCUAUGGACACUGAGGAACCUCUCAGAUGUGGCUACUAAGCAGGAGGGUCUUGAUGGCGUCCUGAAGAUCCUGGUCAACCAGCUGAGCUCGGAUGACAUCAACGUGCUGACCUGUGCCACUGGCACCCUCUCCAACCUGACCUGCAACAAUAGCAAGAACAAGACGCUGGUGACUCAGUCUAAUGGGGUGGAAGCCCUCAUACACACCAUCCUCCGGGCAGGAGACAAGGAGGACAUCACUGAGCCAGCUGUUUGUGCUCUAAGGCACCUCACCAGCCGGCAUCCAGAGGCUGAGAUGGCCCAGAAUUCUGUGCGGCUCAACUAUGGCAUCCCUGCCAUUGUUAAGCUACUUAACCAGCCCAACCAGUGGCCACUGAUCAAGGCUACCAUCGGCCUCAUUCGUAACCUGGCCUUGUGUCCAGCCAACCACGCCCCCUUGCAGGAAGCUGCCGUCAUCCCACGCCUGGUUCAGCUGCUGGUAAAGGCUCACCAAGAUGCCCAGCGCCAUGCAGCAGCUGGUACACAGCAGCCAUACACGGAUGGGGUAAAGAUGGAAGAGAUCGUGGAAGGCUCCACAGGCGCACUGCAUAUUUUGGCUCGUGAUCCCAUGAACCGAAUGGAAAUUUUCCGCCUGAACACCAUUCCACUCUUCGUGCAGCUCCUAUAUUCUCCAGUGGAAAACAUCCAGCGUGUGGCAGCCGGUGUCCUGUGUGAGCUGGCCCAGGAUAAAGAGGCUGCCGAUGCCAUUGACGCAGAGGGUGCCUCAGCCCCACUAAUGGAACUUCUGCACUCCCGGAAUGAAGGCACAGCUACUUAUGCAGCGGCUGUGCUCUUCCGCAUCUCUGAAGACAAGAACCCAGACUAUCGAAAGCGUGUAUCUGUGGAACUUACCAAUUCACUCUUCAAGCAUGACCCUGCUGCUUGGGAAGCUGCCCAGAGUAUGAUACCCAUUCAUGAGCCAUACGCAGAUGAACUGGAUGGAGGUUAUCGUGCCAUGUACUCUGGUGAAAUCCCCAUGGACCCCAUGGACAUGCACAUGGAGAUGGACGGUGACUAUCCCAUGGACGCUUACAGCGAUGGUGUGCGGGCACCCUUCACGGACAAUAUGCUUGCCUAAGCUCCCCUUGGGCAGAGCUCAAGAUGUUUUUCUCAACGCAGAAGAGGGCAGCCCUAGCACUCAAAUCCAGGGCACUUGGGAGACAGAAGUGCCUGAGAAAGAUGACAACUAACUCUUCCGUUCCCUGCGAAGAGGUUUUAUUUUCUAAGACAAAACAAUUUUUCCUUUCCUGUUGGGCCUAUGGGAAAAAUCCCCAUCCUCAUAUCCAGGACUGCUUCUACAGACCUUGUAGUAAUUUUUCUUCCAGCAGUCAAUCCCCCUCCUCCUCCACAAAGUUUCCAACUUUCAUCAACCUCUCCUCUUCCUCUCCUGUCCAACACCUACCUUUCUGCAAAUCUAGGCAACAUUCUCAAACUGCCAUUGGAUCUUCAUAAGAGUAUUUUUCAAAUAAACACAUAUAUAUUUUAUUUUCCAUAGAGGGUGCAAAAAAAGCUUUUUGCCAUUUGAUAAUCUCUCUUCCUUGUUUGCACUUCUAAUGCUUGUCAAUUAAGAAGUGAAGAAAAUGGAAACAUUGCUAACUUUUUAUUUUGCCUUCUAACUUUCUGGGUUUUUUAAAGAAUAGCCAAUGGGUGUGAGAGUUUGCCAAGAAAUCAACAGCUUCACAUUUCCUGCUUUUAUUUUUAAUUUUUUAAGCCCUCAACUGAUGUGCGUGUGCUAGCUUUGGUGCCCCAAUCAAAGAAUCUCUUCCUACAAAAGGAAUGACUAACAAUUGUAAUAAGACUAUCCUCCUUCUGGCCACCUCUUGCACAUUUUAACCGGAGUCCUACUCUUUCUCUCUCCUCCCCACUUCCCUCCCCCAACCUUUCCUGGUGAUUGGUGUGUUCUCUUCUUCUUGAGCCUCCCCACCCUCUUGCUCUUCUAAUGCAUUUUUAAAAGCAGCUCUCUCAAUGUGAUAGCUUGAGGCUUCCACUGGAAAAGGGAUCGAUGUAGCUGCAAAUGUACUUCAGAAGAUUUUAUUAUUAUUUCUCAAAGGGAUUUUUUUGUAUAGACCAAAGCUCAAAAACAAAUAAAAACUGAAACCCAACCCUGCAA